AUGUCUCUCCCGUCAACCUUCUCGAACGAGAUCAACUCUCUCACCCGCGAGGUCCAGAAGGCUCAGCCAACCGACGUCCUCCAAUUCUGCGCCAACUUUUUCCAGCGCCGGCUUGAGUCGCAGCGGGCUGAGUUCCUGCUGGCGCAGCAGCAUUCCUCGCAGCCUGGCGGCAUGGCCGAGAGCAACUUUCCCGGCAACAAUCCCUUUGGUGCAGCUUCCUCGCCAGGUCCGUCAGGAAUGCACUCCGUCCAAGAAGAGGACGAGAACGAGAACCUGACCUCACCAACCCAAUCGUCGUUCCCGCCCAACGCCAUGUCUGGCAGCGACCCUACAGCGCCCUCAUCCACCAGCGAUACCAGCACCGGCGGGAGCCCAUUUGGUAACUUCGGCGGCUUCGGCGGUUUUGGCAGCUCCUCCCGCCGCUCGCCGCCAGGCCAGCAGUCCAGGUCUCCGCCCGUAUCCAACGUCAGCGGCGGCAGCCUGGACGUCCCGUCAUUUCCCUCCAACUACAACGUCAAUCGGCGUACCUCCGUUUCCGCCGAAUCGCUGAACCCCACAUCAGACACCCACAAGGACUGGAGUCCUCCCUAUCACCCGAAGACGCCCGAGCAGCAACAACGUCUCCGCACUGCCGUGGCCACCAACUUCCUCUUCUCCCACCUCGACGAGGAGAACCUCAAGCAGGUGCUCGGUGCCCUAGCCGAGAAGCCGAUCCCGGCAAAGGGCAUAAAAGUCAUUACCCAGGGCGACCAAGGCGACUACUUCUACGUUAUCGAGAAUGGCAGCUUCGACAUCUACGUCAACCCGUCCGGCGCCCUGCAAGCGGGCCCAGACGGUAUGGGCAACAAGGUCGGCACCGUCGGCCCCGGCGGCUCCUUCGGCGAGCUCGCACUCAUGUACAACGCGCCCCGCGCCGCGACCGUCAUCUCCACUGAGCCGUCCACCCUCUGGGCCCUCGACCGCGUUACUUUCCGCCGCAUCCUUAUGGACUCGGCCUUCCAGCGCCGGCGCAUGUACGAGUCGUUCCUCGAGGAGGUGCCGCUGCUGUCUGGCCUGACGAGCUAUGAGCGCUCCAAGAUCGCCGACGCGCUUGAGACGCAGAAGUUCCCACCCAACACCACCAUCAUCCGCGAGGGCGAUGUCGGCGAGGCCUUCUACAUCCUCGAGGCGGGCGAGGCGGAGGUGUACAAGUCCUCUUCGGGCAGCAAGCCAGUCCACAAGUACAAGAAAGGCGAUUACUUCGGCGAGCUGGCGCUAUUGAACGACAAGCCGAGAGCGGCGAGCGUGGUCAGUAAGACGGAGGUCAAGGUAGCGACGUUGGGUAAGGAUGGGUUCCAGCGCCUGCUCGGCCCGGUGGAAGAGCUAAUGAGGAGGAACGAUCCGAGCAAAGCGCCCGGAGGUGAUGGCGUUGAUCCUUUGGCAAGCUCAUAA